GCUUGAAGAUAACCUUAGAAGGGCGGGUCCGGAUCAGUGUCCGCCGACUCCCGCCUCAACAAAUUUUGAGUUUGAGUUUUUAAAUUCCCCUCACUCUUUCGGAUUUUAUUCGAAAAACCGCCCACACUUGUCCAUUUCCAGAUCUUCACUCAGAUUUCUUCCAUCACAAUCUCCCAACAUUUCCCAGAUUCAAAAAAGAGGGUGGAGAAUCCUUUUUUUUUUUUGGCGAGCAGAAGAACUGGGGUUUUUAGGGUUUCGAGAUUUUGAAGUUGAAUGCUUAAUUUGGUUGGUUAGAUUUCGAUUUUGUUUAUCCUUCUGCAAUUGAAUUGCACUAUGAGUAGUGAUAAUUCGACCGAUGGGUUUUACAAAUCCCGACAAGUUCUCGGUGAUUUGACCAACCGGCCCAUAAAAAGGGGGUUUUCGAUGAUUUCAGCUGAUUCGGGUACUAAAUCUCUAAAUGCAGUUGGUAAAAAUGUUGAUUGUGAACAUAGGGGUUCAAAAGUUGCAAAGCAAGUGUUUUUAGGGGUUGAGGAUUUAGUAAGAGAGAAAUGCGAGAAAAAAACCGGAGUAGAUUGUAACCCUGAAGCCUUAUCUUCGCCAAAGGGCACUCAAGAAUCUGUGUUUUCACCUACUUAUAGUGACAUUGAUGAUUCCUCGAAUGACAACAGUGAUUCUGUUACCUUGACGAUGUCUAAUGAUAUCGGGGAAAAGUCCAGUGACAGUGGAGCUAAUGCUAGCAGUGUUUUAGAAGUCGGCGAUGCAUUGAUGGAUAAUGCCUCGUCCAUUGCUUCAAUUUCAAAAUGCUCAGGAAUGUGCAAGAAUGAUUGUUGUGGUGGUGGGGAGAAAUGUCAAUACAAGAAAGUGGGACAUAGUUCAGAAAUUAAUCAAAGCGUUCCUCUAGAUGAAGGAUUAGUCACUGUUGUUCAUGGUAAUGACGAAAAGGGUCUUGGUGUUGGUCAAGUGGCAGCAACCAAAUAUGGUUCUAAUGAGUGGUCGAUGUUGCCUAGGUCACAAAGUUGCUCGAAAGUCCAUGAAUUUGAGAAGUUGGAAAGAUGCACGGCUCUUAAGGGUGGUGGCAGUGCUGAUUUGAGUGUAGGUGAUGACUUGCUCAAAGAUUGCUCUUGUUCGUUUUGCUUAAAAGCUGCUCACAUCUUGUCAGACCUCCAAUACCAGGAUAUCAAGGGUCGAAUUGCUGCACUGAAGAAGAGUAAAAGAGAAGUGAACGUAUUGGUUGAGAAAAGUGUCAAGGGAAAAGAGAGUGAUACCAAGGGACAACUACACCCAAACAAAGUGUCAAAACUUGAAUAUGAUCUCUCAAGUCAGUGGAGAUCACUCUUUGUUAACAUGGAGGAUGUGCUUGUUCAUGAAAGCAACCAUCUUCAAGACAGUUAUGUCACGCUAAAAAAUUUGAGGGACAACUGCAAGACAGAGCUUGAAGUUACCAGUGGAAUGCCUUCCGAGAAACAAUAGUCUGUUUCGGGUGCCUGUGUUAUUGUAAGAUUGUUUGUCACUUUAGUUUGUGUCUACUUGUGCAUGUGCACCCAUGUAUUCAUGUAAUGUUGUUUGGAAGACUGUUUCUUCCCUGACUUCAAAACCUAGGAAGCCUGUUUUCUUUGUCUUUCCAUUUUUCUUAAUAAACUGUAAACGUUCAUCAAAUUCGUGUAAUAUCAUUUAGAUUACUCCUUGCUUGGACGAA